GAAGGAAGCAGGAAGUUAUGUGAGAAAUGAUGACAUUUAAGUAGCAGGAAGUCCCCUGGAAAGUUUGUCGGAGUUACUUGGAGAUUAAGUACAUGACUGUCCUGGGCUGAAAGUUUACAAAGGACUGAUAUUGCAGUGGGAAUCAUGGCAGCAGCCACAGCGGACAACCGGAUAAGCGAUGGCCGUGUACGCAGCCUCCAGAGUGACGUGGAAGGGGUGAAGACCAUCAUGUCCGAGAAUGUUGACCGGAUACUGGCACGUGGUGAGAAGCUGGAUGACCUUAUGAACAAGACUGAGGACCUGCAAGCCAGUUCUGAACACUUCAAGACCACGUCACAGAAAGUGGCACGGAAAUACUGGUGGAAAAAUACCAAGAUGAUCAUUAUCCUGGUUGUCAUUGUAGUUAUUAUACUGACCUUGAUCAUUCUCUUUGCCACACAUGUCAUCCCGUCCUAACCAUUGACGUUUCUCAGCUCAUUGUUUCUGGGCUAUAAUAUCAUCAGUUUAUUUCUUCCAGUUACCAACCUAUUGUCAAUGAUGUAGAUGUUUCCCCGUUCAUUUUGAUCUGUAUAUUUUCAGGAUAGAUUCAGCUGUGCACAGAUAUCAAUUCCUUUGUAAAAACUUCCUAAUGUUAAAGUUGACAAUAAAGUAUUAGAAAAAACACACAAAAAAUAGCAAAA